AUGUCUGCAUCUUCGGGAUCUGGAAGCUGGACUAGUCUCAUGCAACAAGCUCGAAAUCUAGAAAAACAGACGGAGAACUUGUUCCAUACGUAUUCGCGGUUCGCAGCAGCUCCUAAUAUCCCACCCAAACCCACAGAAAAAGAACGCGAGACAGAGACGAAGUUGGAGGAGUUAUUAGAAAAGCGUGAGGAUGUCAUUAGCAAACUCGUCCGACUGCUCGAUUCUGAAGCCGCCCUCACCUCCUCCGCCAUAAAACAGAAGAAUCUCAACACUUUCCAGAGGAAGCUCGCUGAUCACAAGAAAAAUCUAAUCCACCUACGCUCAAAUCUACAAGAGGCUCGUAAUCGCGCGAACCUUCUGUCUAACGUCCAGUCGGAUAUCGACCAAUACCGUCAGAACAACCCCGAAGCUGCCGAGGCCGAUUACAUGUUGCAGGAGCGGAAUCGCAUCGACAAUAGUAACAACAUGGCCGAUAACGUGCUUAGCCAGGCGUAUGCUGUUAAUGACAGCUUCAAUCUGCAGCGCGAAACAUUGGCAAGCAUCAACAGGAGGAUUACACACGCAGCAAGCCAAGUGCCCGGGAUCAACACGCUGAUCGGAAGGAUAUCGGCUAAGAAGAGGAGGGAUGGCAUUAUCAUGGGCAGCUUCGUUGCGUUUUGCUUCAUCGUCUUUUUCCUCUUUUCGUGA